CCAGCUACCAAGCAAUUUGCAGCGGAUGCUAAUUCAGCUGGCAAGCAAUCCCUCCAUCUAUAUAUUGGCUGCAGAUGAUCAGAUGAUGCGCUAAAUUAAUCAAUCAUAUACUACACAAUAUGAUAUGAUGGGCCUCCUGAGCUUGCUGCUCGUCGUCGUGUCCUGCCUCGCCGCGCCGGCGACGGCCGACUGGUACGGCCCGCUCGCCGUCUACUGGGGUCGCCACAAGGACUACGAGGGCUCCCUGAGAGAGGCCUGCGACACCGGCCGCUACAACACCGUCAUCAUCACCUUCUACAGCGUCUUCGGCUACGUCAAGGGCAGGUACGGCCUCGACAUCUCCGGCCACCCGGUCGCCGCCGUCGGCGCCGACAUCAAGCACUGCCAGUCCAAGGGCGUCCAGGUCCUCCUCUCCAUCGGCGGCCAGGGCGGCGGGUACUCGCUCCCGUCAUCCCAGUCGGCCGCCGACGUCGCCGACAACCUCUGGAACGCCUACCUCGGCGGCCGCCGCGCCGGCGUGCCACGGCCCUUCGGCGACGCGGCGGUGGACGGCAUCGACUUCUUCAUCGACCAGGGCGGCGCCGACCACUACGACGAGCUCGCCCGGCAGCUGCACGGCCGCGGCGUGGCGCUGACGGCGACGGUGAGGUGCUCGUACCCGGACAGCCGGCUGCAGAAGGCGCUGGCGACGGGGCUGUUGGGGCGGAUCCAUGUCCGGAUCUUCGGCGACAACCAGUGCACCAUGUUGCCGUUGGACGCGUGGGAGAAGUGGGCGGCGGCGUACCCGCGGAGCAAGGUGUGGCUGGCGCUGGUGGCGUCGUGGGAGCAGGACGAGGUCGGGUACAUGUUCCAAAAGGACCUCUACUACGGCGUGCUGCAGUUCAUCCUCAACAAGCCCAACUAUGGAGGGAUCGCCAUCUGGGACAGGUACUACGACAAGAAGGCCAAUUACAGUGGUGAGGGCUAAAUCAUCGAUCAUACUGUAGCUAGUGUGUGUGUAAUCAAUCACAAUAAAUAAACAUCCCCUCUAUAUAUGUGUACGUAUUGUACGUGUAAUAUAAUGAUCGAUACAAGAAAAAUAAAAGGAUAUCAGAUCAUUAGAACGUGUGUAUAUAAAA